UUAAAAAAGAAAUCUUUUUAAGUAAUUCAUUAGUUUUUCUGAAACAAUUUAUUGUGCUCUCGUUGUCAUUCAUUUUCUUCUUUUAAUUUAAUACUUUACACUACAGUAGCUGUAUUGGACCCAGUUGUAAGUCGGAACAUAUGAUGGUUUUUCUGGGUUUUCUUUAUUUGGGUAAAUGGAUUCAUUUUUGAACAAUGGGUAAAUGAAUUCUUGUGAAUUAAGAAUCUGGGUUAUUAAUAACUCAGAAAAAGAAUCUAGGUUAUUAAGAGAGAGAUGUUUUAACUCAGUGACGUGAGUGAGUGUUUGACGGGUGUGGAGUUGCUGUUGAAGGGUUGUUGGGGCUGGAAAAAGAAAAGAAAAGGAUUUUAUCAAUCUCAGUUUCAGGCAUCAAAACUGCUUUCAUUGUUUCUUUGCCAGAUUAAAACCCAAUUGUUGUCACUCGUAUCCACUCAAAAGAUUCUUCAACUAGGCGCCAGUUCAACACCCACUUCUUAAUUCAUUACUUCCUUUCUUUUUUAUACAAAGACCAAAUCUUCGUAGUGCCAUGAGGCUGUAUUCAUAACGGUCACUUCUCUCUCUCUCUCUCUCUCUCUCCCAAAAACUCUAGCCUUGUUCCUCUAUUAGAUAUCUGCCUUUAGUUCAGUAUCCGUGUCAAGCCUCAUCUCACCUUUCUUUUAGGCUAUAGAUAGGUGAGCAAUCUAAAGAGAUCUCCUUGCCGUGGUUUCUUCUUUUUGCCAAUGUUGAUUGGCUAUAUUCUUCCUAUUUGAGUUAGUGCAACAUUAGGAGUUUGAUUCGCUGAUCAAAAGAUGAAAGGAGCUGUACUUGUGGCUAUUACUGCUUGCAUUGGCAGCUUCUUGCAAGGAUGGGAUAAUGCUACUAUUGCUGGAGCUAUUGUUUACAUCAAGAAAGACCUCAAUUUGCAAACAACAGUGGAAGGUCUAGUUGUGGCCAUGUCGCUUAUUGGAGCCACUACAAUCACAACGUGCUCAGGAGCAAUAUCAGAUUGGCUUGGUCGGCGUCCAAUGCUAAUAAUUUCAUCAACACUUUACUUUGUCAGUGGUUUAAUAAUGUUGUGGUCUCCAGAUGUCUAUGUCCUAUGCAUAGCAAGGCUAUUAGAUGGAUUUGCAAUUGGGUUAGCUGUUACCCUCGUUCCAGUGUAUAUAUCUGAGACUGCCCCGUCAGAAAUAAGGGGGAUGUUAAAUACACUUCCUCAGUUUACUGGUUCAGGCGGCAUGUUUCUGUCAUACUGUAUGGUUUUUGGGAUGUCAUUGACAUCCUCGCCUAGUUGGAGGUUGAUGCUUGGGGUUCUUUCAAUACCUUCCCUAAUAUAUUUUGCAUUGACCAUAUUUUAUUUGCCUGAAUCCCCUCGAUGGCUUGUGAGCAAAGGGAAGAUGCUCGAGGCAAAACGGGUUCUGCAGAGAUUGCGUGGAAGGGAAGACGUUUCAGGUGAGAUGGCCUUGCUGGUUGAAGGUCUUGGUAUUGGGGGUGAAACAUCCAUAGAAGAGUAUAUAAUAGGCCCGGGAGAUGAACUUCGUGACGAUCACGAACCCACUGCUGAGAAAGAUAAAAUCAAAUUAUAUGGACCCGAAGCAGGUCUUUCCUGGGUCGCUAAACCUGUGACUGGACAAAGUUCUCUUGCUCUUGUAUCUCGGCAUGGAAGCAUGGUGAACAAAAGUGUGCCACUUAUGGAUCCUCUUGUGACUCUUUUUGGCAGUGUUCAUGAGAAGCUUCCUGAAACAGGAAGCAUGCGAAGCAUGCUUUUCCCUAAUUUUGGUAGCAUGUUUAGUACAGCAGAGCCUCAUGCUAAGCAUGAACACUGGGAUGAAGAGAGCCUACAGAGGGAAGGUGAGGGCUACACAUCAGAAGCUGCAGGGGAAGACUCAGAUGAUAAUUUACAUAGUCCAUUGAUCUCACGUCAGACAACAAGCAUGGAAAAGGAUAUGCCUCCCCCUCCUUCCCAUGGCAGCAUUCUGAGCAUGAGACGCCAUAGCAGUCUCAUGCAAGGAACUGGUGAGGCAGUGAGUAGUACAGGCAUUGGUGGUGGUUGGCAGUUGGCUUGGAAAUGGUCUGAGAGAGAAGGUGAAGAUGGAAAGAAGGAAGGAGGAUUUAAAAGGGUGUAUUUGCACCAGGAAGGUGCCCCUGGAUCUCGUCGAGGUUCUCUUGUUUCACUUCCGGGCGGUGAUGUUCCUGCAGAAGGUGAGUAUGUGCAGGCUGCUGCUCUGGUAAGUCAGCCUGCUCUUUAUUCCAAGGAGCUUCUGGAUCAGCAUCCAGUUGGACCUGCAAUGGUUCACCCAGCUGAAACUGCUAAGAAGGGGCCAAUUUGGGCUGCUUUACUUGAUCCAGGAGUUAAGCGUGCAUUAAUUGUUGGGAUUGGGAUUCAAAUUCUUCAGCAGUUUUCCGGUAUAGGUGGUAUCCUCUACUACACUCCUCAAAUUCUUGAAGAGGCAGGUGUUGAAGUCCUUCUUGCAAACCUUGGCAUUGGUACAGAGUCUGCAUCAUUCCUUAUCAGUGCAUUCACAACAUUCCUGAUGCUUCCUUGUAUAGCUGUAGGCAUGAGGCUAAUGGAUGUCUCAGGCAGAAGGGCGCUGCUACUGACCACAAUCCCUGUGCUUAUAGGUUCGCUUGUCAUCCUAAUCAUUGGUGAAUCUAUAGACUUGGGCACAGUUGCCAAUGCAGCAGUUUCAACCGCCUGUGUUGUCAUCUAUUUCUGUUGUUUUGUUACGGCUUAUGGACCGAUUCCAAAUAUCCUAUGCUCUGAGAUCUUCCCCACAAGAGUUCGUGGUCUCUGCAUUGCAAUCUGUGCCUUAGUUUACUGGAUAGCAGAUAUCAUUGUUACCUACACACUGCCUGUAAUGCUAACUUCAAUUGGCCUGGAGGGAAUCUUUAUCAUUUUUGCUGUCAUGUGUGCCAUCUCUUGGGUCUUCGUCUUCUUGAAGGUUCCAGAAACCAAAGGCAUGCCCCUUGAAGUCAUUACAGAGUUCUUUGCUGUUGGUGCAAGACAAGCUGAUGCUGCCAAGAACGAGUAAUUGACAGAAGGCCAAUUGAUUCUUCUGCAGUUUGAGCUGCUAAAGAUGUCAUAGGACAUCUGUUCAGAAAUUUUUUGCAUUGUCCUAUUGAAAAUGCAGAUUUUAUAAUUAAGCAAUUAAAUUUCAAUUUUCCCAAUUUUAUCCGUGAUACUGCAAUAAUGUUGAUCAUGUAAUAGUUGAUUCAGAUGA